AUGCCCAACGGCAAGACACAAGCACUGAGAUACGCUUCCAACGAGAAGCCGCCAUUAUCGGCCCGUGCGAAUCGUCAUACUGCGAACGGUGACGCGGGAGAUGCAUUGGAAAAACAAGUUCGCGCAGAAGACAAAGAGAAGGUGAAGAAAUGGCGAAGUUUCCUGACGAGGACGUUGUGGACAUUCAUCAUGAUCGGUGGAUUCAUUGGAUUACUGCUCAUGGGUCAUGCAUAUAUGAUUGUCCUCGUCAUGCUAUGCCAGACGUUGGUGUACCGCGAGGUCACAGCACUGUUCUCGCUGAAGAAGAAGGGUUCAGAUGAUGCAGAAGCGAGCGGUCGUGACCCGUGGAGCAAGACUUUGAACUGGUACUUCUUUGCCAUUACCAACUACUUCCUGUAUGGCGAGAGCAUCAUAUACUACUUCAAACAUGUCGUGUUCGCGGAUGCGCAGCUCACCCUCUUCGCGACAAAUCACCGAAUGAUUAGCUUCUGCCUGUACACCAUCGGUUUCGUAGGAUUUGUCCUAUCUCUCAAGCGAGGAUAUCUCAAGCAGCAGUUCGGCUUGUUCUGCUGGGUACAUAUGACGUUGAUGUUCAUCGUGGUGUCAAGUCACUUCAUCGUGAACAACAUCCUUGAAGGAAUGAUCUGGUUCUGGGUUCCUGCAUCGCUCGUGAUCUGCAAUGAUGUCUUCGCCUAUAUCUGGGGCAUCACAUACGGACGGACCCCUUUGAUCAAGCUCUCGCCGAAGAAGACGGUUGAAGGCUUCGUGGGUGCCUUUUUCAGCACGCUUGUCUUCGGCGUCCUCUGGGGAACGUACUUUAUGCGUUUCGACUACAUGAUCUGCCCCGUUCAGGACCUGGGUGUCAGUGCUUGGAGUGAUACCGCGCACUGCAAGCCGAACCCGAUCUUCGUCUGGAGAGAGUGGGAAAUACCGUCGCCAGCGAGGGCUCUCUUGACAACCACUACUGGUUACGAAUUUACGACAAUUCCGUAUGCACCGUAUCAGUUCCACCUGCUCGUGCUGUCUUGCUUCGCUUCUCUGGUCGCACCGUUUGGAGGAUUCUUCGCAUCAGGCUUCAAACGUGCAUUCAACAUCAAGGACUUCGGCCACAGCAUCCCAGGACAUGGCGGGAUGACAGACCGCAUGGAUUGCCAGUUCCUUAUGGGCGUCUUCACCUACGUGUAUUACAGCAGCCUCAUCCGGGAUCACCACGUUUCUGUCGGCUCACUCCUCCAGAUGAUCGUAAGCGGGUUGACACCGCGCGAGCAGCUCGAGCUCAUGGGGGACCUAAAGCGGUACCUCGAGGGACAGGGCAUCGCUGUGAAUAUCUGA